CUCGGAGCGGAAAGCAAGCGCGGGCGCAGCGCCCGGACUCCGGCGUCCAACUUCACUCGUGGCGUGCGCCCCGCGUUACGCGCGGACAGGGAGCCCUGGGUGCGAGGCAGCGCAGCCCGAAAGGCGAGCCCUUUGCACGCUCUCUCUUCCUGGACCAUCAACAACAACAAUAACAACAGACCACUCUAAUAAUUAUUAUUAUUACCAGCAUCACCGCCUCCGCCACCACCAUUCUUCCUUUCUCGAUCCCUCGCCCGUUUCCACUCGAAACGGAUCCUUUCCGGAGAGGGAGAUGUACGACUGCAUGGAGGCGUUCGCCGUCACGCCGCGGCAACUCUACGAUGUCACCAACCGGAGCGCUUGCAUGCUGCGGAAGUCGAGCAUCGGCCCGUGCUUCGUGGGCUUGGAUCCCUUCGGGUGGCCCCAGCCGGCCAGCUUGCAAUCGGUGGAGACCCAGAGCACAAGUUCAGAGGAGAUGGUGCCCAGCUCCCCCUCUCCACCCCCACCGCCACGUGUUUAUAAACCUUGUUUCGUCUGCAACGACAAAUCGUCCGGCUACCAUUACGGGGUCAGCUCCUGCGAGGGGUGCAAGGGCUUCUUCCGCCGAAGCAUUCAGAAAAACAUGGUCUAUACCUGCCACCGGGACAAAAAUUGUCAGAUCAACAAAGUCACUCGCAACCGUUGUCAGUAUUGCCGCCUACAGAAAUGCUUUGAGGUUGGCAUGUCCAAAGAAGCCGUGAGGAAUGACCGUAACAAAAAGAAGAAGGACGUGAAAGAGGAGGUAGUGGUGGACAGCUAUGAAAUGACGCCGGAACUGGAAGAGCUUAUCCAGAAGGUUAGCAAGGCUCACCAAGAAACCUUCCCCUCGCUCUGCCAGCUGGGCAAGUACACCACGAAUUCCAGUGCAGAUCACAGGGUACAGCUCGACCUGGGACUGUGGGACAAGUUCAGCGAACUGGCUACCAAAUGCAUCAUCAAAAUCGUGGAGUUUGCCAAACGUCUGCCGGGCUUCACCACUCUCAGCAUUGCCGACCAGAUCACCUUGCUGAAGGCAGCCUGCCUAGACAUCCUGAUGCUCCGUAUUUGCACCCGCUACACGCCUGAACAAGACACCAUGACCUUCUCCGAUGGGCUGACCCUGAACCGCACCCAAAUGCACAAUGCGGGAUUUGGGCCCCUCACCGACUUGGUCUUUGCCUUUGCCGGGCAGUUGCUGCCUCUUGAAAUGGACGACACGGAGACGGGCUUGCUCAGCGCCAUCUGCCUCAUCUGUGGAGAUCGAAUGGACCUGGAGGAGCCAGAGAAAGUGGACAAGCUGCAGGAGCCGCUACUGGAAGCUUUGAAGAUCUAUGCUCGCCGACGUCGACCCAACAAGCCUUAUAUGUUCCCCCGCAUGCUGAUGAAGAUCACUGACCUGCGGGGCAUCAGCACCAAAGGUGCAGAACGAGCUAUCACCUUGAAGAUGGAGAUCCCAGGCCCUAUGCCACCCCUCAUCCGAGAAAUGCUGGAAAAUCCUGAAAUGUUUGAAGAGGAAUUAUCACAGCCUCCACCGGUGGCAGAACCCCCCAGCUCUGAGGAGAGCCCAGCUGACCCCAAGAGCCAGGAGGAGGCCCCCUAGCAGCUUAGAAGAGCCAGGAUCUUGGCUAGGAAAGGCGGGGAGAAAGUCCUUUUCCGUGCAUCUCCUUGGUCCUUCCCAUGGCUCAUUUCCUCCAGGACUGUACGCUUUGCCUUCCCUGCUCUUAGCCCUGCACCAGAGCCUGGGAUAACGGCAACGUUCAGGACCAAUUAGGAGGCACACAUGCCCCUCUCCUCCGCUAUGAUGGGUGACUUGGGGUGGAUGUCUCUUGCCUUAACCUUUUUCCUUUGGGGUCUUGGAUGCAUACUCGGAGGCCUUCGCUCCCAACCCCGAAGCUUUGCCAAAGUCCUAGGUUGCCUGUCCUGUUGAGUCGGGUGCCCUCAAGCCAAACGGUCAGGACACGGGAGCCCCCAAGGGGCCCGGACCUAGAGAGCCUCCCUUUCAAAAUGGGACCAUCUCUAAAUGUGCAAUUGCCAUGCCAGCGGGGAAAAGAGGCAGCUCGAGAGCCGAUAAAGAGACUCGGUCGUGUGUGUGGGCCUCCAGACGUGGUCCUACCUUCCUCGCCACGCCACGGUCCCGGGGAAUCAUCUGUACUCUUCAUCCUCCCAAGCCAGGAACCCAGGCAUCCGGGACGCUAUUUAUUCAGGUCUCUGAAGACAGAGGGAUGGCAUGCCCUCCUCAUCGCCCCCACGCACACAAAGCUAUCUUGGACCAAUGAUUUGGGGGGCUGGAGAGGGCAAAGCCAGGACUUUGAACAUAUCCCUGUGCCCUAUCAGAACUUUUCUGGGGGUGGGAGGGGUUGGGCAAAUAACCAUUUUUGUGGGAUCUAAUGGGAUGUGUAUUUUUUUUUGGAGGGGAUGAGUACAAGAGGGCGGGAAUGGGGCUUUUUUGUGUUUUUGUUAGCUGUAUAAAGUGCUAAUGUUUUAUUGUUGGGGCCGAGAUCAAUCCCAUUGUGGGGUGAGGGGGGUUGCGGUCCUCCCCGUGAUCCCCCUGACCCAUCAUGGGGGGAGGGGAGUGUCUCUGCUCGCUUGGGAUGCUUUUGACUCCCCUCCUGGUGCUAAGGACUCUGGGAAAUGGACCCCAAAGGACACUAGAUAACCAAAGAUACCAAGGAGGUUAGUAGAGUUGCCAGCUCCAAGUUGGGAAAUUCCUGGAGAUCUGGGGGGGUGAAACCUGGAGAAACCUGGAGAAAGUGGGGUUUGGGGAGGGAAAGGACCUCGGCAUGGCAUAAUUCCAUAGAUUCCACCCCCCAAAGUAGCCAUUUCCUCCAGGUGAACUGAUCUCUGCGGCCUGGAGACCCGUUGUGAUUCUGGGAGAUCUCCAGCCACUACCUGGAGGCUGGCAACCCUAGAGGUUAGAGGUGCAGCACUAUGGACUUGAACUCAUUUCCUCUCUCAGGGUCUCCUCUUACUGUCCUCCCAGUGAGAAGCUGGCUGCCCUGUACACAAAGAUGGAACGGAGAGGGUAGGUGGGUGGCGUACGGGGGGUUGGGGGGGUGCCGCUUGUCUGACGUAACCCACUUGGAACUCUGCUUCUCCAGCACUUUGACGAAGAGAAGGGGGCGGAUUACUCUCGCUGCAGGCAACUUUGCCUCCUUUCUCUGCCCCUCCCUCCAUCAUCCCGCAGGCCUAGAGGACACAGGCACCAGCUUUCCCCAACCAAGCGCCAGUGGAUCAAACGAAGACAUAGCCAAUGCUUUCCUAUCCCAAGAGGGCAAAAGUUUUCCAGGGGGGGAAAAUGUUGUUGUUUUUUUUAACCCCACUCCUAGCACCACCAGAUCCUAACACUACAAGAAGCCCUUUUGUUGAUGUGUCACCGUUAGGUGGCUGCUCAUUCCAUCCCUUACCUUAUACCCCCCUCCCCUCCCCUGGCCUUGCUCAAAUCAGGGCUGAGAAGCAGCCAGCCAGACCCUUUCCGUUGCAGGACUUGGAUUGCAACUGGGGGGGGGGCAGCAUGGUGGGGUGGGGGGUUUGUCCACGUUUCUCGGCGGCUUGGGGGAAUGAGAAGGUGCUGCUGCCCCCUGCUGGCCAUGAAUGGGGCACCGCUUUCUGUGGGUUUAUUUAUUUGCCUUGGAUUUCUCCUGCCCCACCCAGCUCUAGACCUGGUGAUGAGGGGUAAUAUUACCCCAAGGAAUAAGAGCUCUGCUGAUUGUCCCCAGUUGUCUUAAACUGCCAUUAAAAAAAAAUACCCCAGGCCUUAAAAUGGGGUCUGUUUGCUUGGGGGGGGGGGGUGGAAAAAAGGGUGAAGCCCUUCUGUGAUGUUUACAGAUCAGCUUUCCAUGGUAUUUUAGAGUAAUCUCUCCUUCCCCUGCGUUCCCAGCUGUGCCACAGAAGAGAGGGGACUUUUCUAUUUUUGCAAAAUAAAGUGAUGGAAACCCAAACAUGCCCUCCUGUCUUCAUUUCUUGCAAAACUUCACGUAGCAGGA